AUGCCCAACAUCGUGCUCUUCAGCGGCAGCUCGCACCAGGACCUGUCCCAGCGCGUGGCCGACCGGCUGGGCCUGGAGCUGGGCAAGGUGAUCACCAAGAAGUUCAGCAACCAGGAGACCAGCGUGGAGAUUGGCGAGAGUGUGAGAGGGGAAGAUGUGUACAUCAUCCAGAGUGGCUGCGGCGAGAUCAACGACAACCUGAUGGAACUACUCAUCAUGAUCAACGCCUGCAAGAUCGCAUCGUCCUCCAGGGUGACCGCUGUGAUCCCGUGCUUCCCCUACGCCCGGCAAGACAAGAAGGACAAGAGUCGUGCUCCGAUUUCAGCAAAGCUUGUGGCCAAUAUGCUCUCGGUCGCUGGAGCGGAUCACAUCAUCACCAUGGACCUGCAUGCCUCUCAGAUCCAGGGCUUCUUUGAUAUCCCCGUGGAUAACUUGUACGCAGAGCCUGCGGUCCUGCAGUGGAUUCGGGAGAACAUCACCGACUGGAAAAAUUGUAUCAUUGUUUCACCUGACGCCGGGGGCGCCAAAAGGGUCACGUCAAUUGCGGACAGGUUGAAUGUGGAGUUUGCAUUGAUUCACAAGGAGAGGAAGAAGGCGAAUGAAGUGGACCGGAUGGUUCUGGUGGGCGACGUGAAGGACCGCGUGGCCAUCCUCGUGGAUGACAUGGCCGACACCUGUGGCACCAUCUGCCAUGCUGCGGACAAACUACUCUCGGCUGGAGCCACCAAAGUGUAUGCUAUCCUUACCCAUGGGAUCUUCUCUGGGCCCGCUAUUUCCAGAAUAAAUAAUGCUGCGUUUGAGGCUGUUGUUGUGACAAACACUAUUCCCCAAGAGGACAAGAUGAAACACUGCUCCAAGAUUCAGGUUAUUGACAUUUCGAUGAUCUUGGCUGAGGCGAUCCGAAGGACCCACAACGGUGAAUCUGUGUCUUACCUGUUCAGCCAUGUCCCACUGUAA